UGCACGUCCUAUAGACAGUCCGUUGAUCAUUGCUAUGAUGGCAGGUUUAAAUGCGUGGAGUUUUAUUUUGAUAACUCUCAGCUACUGGAACUGCGCAAAAGGAUGCACAUGGAUGAAGACGCAGAACAAAGCAUCUCUUAGCAGCUUCCAGGUUUUAAGCAACAGCUCGAUUUCUCAUCUUGGACAGGCGUGCAAAGAUCCAGUGAAUGCUUAUGGCAAACUCAGCAUGGAGUUUCCACACAAACAGUACAACCGCGUACUCCAACUCGAGGCAAAGGAUCACAUAAUGUUCACAUUGCGGACUCUAAAGGGCAUCAUGAGGAUCUAUAUUGGGAAAUAUGAGAAGGUGGACUGCGACCAACUCCAACUGCAGAUCUUUCUGCUUGAUGUGGAUCGGCAGAUUAUGGAGCUGGAGCGAUGUGCAAAAAACAUCGUGGUCACUGAAGUACAGAAGAAAAUAUCUAAAAAGAUGGGAAUCCACUUCAAAAGUCUGAAUUCUCACCUUAAAAACACGGAUUACAGUCCUGAGGGCUGGAAGGAGAUUGCUGCAGUGGUGCUGAAACACCUGAGAAGACUCGAUCUUCUGGCCACUAAAACUAAAACAGAUCUUCAUGAUCAAACACGCUUAUUUUAA